AUGGCUCUCGCUCCGGGCAAUAUCGAUCCGAAUAAUCUUAUUCUAUAUGCAUAUCAACCCAGCGCAGCGGCUGCUGGUGCCUUUAUGGGAAUCUUUGGUGUAGCGACUGUCGGUCACAUAUUCUAUCUUCCAAAGCUACGCCAAUGUUUCUUCAUCCCGAUGAUUAUUGGUGGCAUCAUGGAAGUCGGCGGCCUAUACGGUCGUUUCUGGGGUCAUAGCGACCAAAACAACUUCAAGGCGUAUGUGCUACAGGCCUUGUUGCUGACGCCGGCACCAAUCUUCCUCGCUGCGACGAUGUACAUGUCACUUGGCAGGAUCAUCGUUGCUCUUGACUCAGACGAAGACCAUACUCUAAUUCGUCCCCGCUGGCUGUCGAAGAUAUUCGUCAUUUUCGACAUUAUCUGUUUUAUUGUUCAGAUGGGUGGUAUUGGCAUGCAAUGUACAACCUCGUUGUCCAUGCAGAAGACUGGGCGUACGGUUACGAUCAUCGGCUUGGUUCUCCAGCUGGUCAUCUUCGCGUAUUUCCUCAUUGUGGCUCUUGUCUUUCACCGACGUAUAAAUGCCCGUCCGACUGCCAUCUCGGUUCACCACACCGUGCAUUGGAUCAGGCAUUUACGCAUUCUAUACGCGACAAGUGUUCUGGUACUUGUCAGGAAUAUCUUCCGCGUCGCCGAAUACAUCGAGGGCCCAGAUGGUCCGACUGGACAUUCAGAGGUAUAUCUCUACAUCUUCGACUCGGCAUUGAUGGCGGGCCUGAUGUGGGCAUUCGUCAUUGUACAUCCCGGCAGACUCCUCAGAGCUGUCAAGAAGCUGAAGAACCGUCGCUCCUUUGAGCAAACAGAGGAAGAGAAGCUCGUGGCUCAAAAUACAUACCAGCGAUUGAGCGUGUGA